CUCUGCUCACUUUCACCAGUGAAAGUAGCCUCUGGAUCAUUAAUAAUUCACCCAUCUGAAAUGAAAUCCAGGUGCGCCAGUGGCUGUCAGACGCAGGAUGGCCACUGUUAACAUGGAUGCACCUGGAGCUGAAGCAGUAAGAGUGGGAGUUUUACUUACAACAAAACCAGAAAGUAAAGAAUCUGUUGUUAUUGAUGAAGAAGGAGGUAGUGUUUACUACAAAUCAUCAAAUAAUGAGGCAGCCAAGGCCUUCUCUUUCGACCAAGUCGUGACUGUUGACAGCAUAAAGAGUUUUCACCCUGAGCUCCUGCAGCCUCUCACCGAGUGCAUGUCCAGUGGGUGUAACGCAGCACUGCUCAUAUGUGGAGCCUCUACAGAGACGACGAGAGCUCUUAUUGACAGCAGUGUCAUCAGACAGGUCGUGGCUAACCUUUUCAGCUGUAUGGAGUCAAGAGUGAAAGGCGAGUUAUUCAUCUCUGUGUCAUCUCUUCAGUUUUAUCCAGACGGCAGUGCAGUGGAUGUCUUGAGCCUCAACAGACAGACUCUACAACCUGUAACACAUCCAGUGCUUGGAAGUCUUAUAGGAGGAUUAUGUGAGGUGUGUGUGCAUUCAGCUGAAGAAGCUUAUAAUCUGUACGAAACAUGCAGGGAAACACUGAAGGCGAACGCAGGCUCCAUUUCCAGCCGAUGCAGCUCCCUGUUCAUGGUGACUGUUGAGUGGAAACUCCAUCCAGAGGAGGUGGAGUCAGAUGUCUGCCGCAGCAGAUUUCAGCUGUUCAGCCUGGCAGGAGGAGCCAGUAGGACUGACCUCAGAGGAGUGAACCCACUGCUGAAGGUCCUGGACCAAAUCCCAAAUCCUGCUGCUAAUAUCAGUGUGGGCCUCCUGCAUCAUUUGCUUAAUGAUGCCUUAAAAGGAAAUAGCAGGACUGUCCUCAUUUACUGCAUUAACCCUCAAGGUCUUCUAGAUAAUGAGACACCUUCUGCUUUAAAUCUGGCCCAGAAAGUGAGAUGUUUUGCAACUAAGCCCACCAAUGGUUGCUGGAGUCCAAGGGCAACUGAGCAAAAGAUUCGUGACAGCAUCACUGAUCUAAGAAGCGUGAUAAUGUCACAGGGGGACAGUGAAGUUCACAGCAUCUACGAGCUGGCCGAGCUCACUCAAAACCUGCAGAUGGUGAAAAAUCAAUCAUGGGAGAAGAGACGAGAAGAAUCCGAAAAGAUAGAAGUCAAAAUAAAGACUUGCAAGACCUCAAAUAGCAAUCUGCUGUUUUCUGGAGAUCAUCACCCCAACAGCAGGCAGGGUACAGACACAAUGAAAUGUCUACAGGACCAGCUGAGGCAGGAAAUGGAAGAACACAUUACAGGUAAAAUGCUCAGAUUCAAAAGUCACGGUUCCAUAUGGCUAACCACAGCCGGCGUAUUCUGUUUGUUUCUCAUAUUCCCAGAAGGUAAAGGGAAUACAGAAAAGGUCCAGGAGAGAGUAGCGAGAAUCCAGCAGCUGAAGGAGGCUCUCAGGGAGGAGACACUCAAGAGUGGAGCUGCUACUGGGAAUUCCCCUGCUUGUCAACAAUCUCAGUUGGAAUACAACAAAGCAGAGGAACGGAGGAGGCAACUUAAGGAGGAUCAUGGGAGAUUAAUUCAGCAGGAGGUGGAGAAGAUGGAGAGAGACUUGGCACAGGAAAACCUACCGACAGAAGGUCCUCAGAGGGACUUGCUGGUACUGACCAGAGAGAGACAGGUCCUAGUACUGCAGAUAGAGGCCCUGCGUGCCGAGGCCCAGCAAGCUGAAAAAGACCUACAGGAUCAAUAUGACAGACACCGAGCAGAGCUGCACUGUCUCAGGGAGGAGAGCCUGCAGGUGUUCAGAGUGUUUCGUCAGGUAAGUGAAGAGCAAAGAAAGAUUUCAGAGGGCAGAUACAGAAGUGUGCUGCUGGAAGCGGUGCAGGAUGCCAUCUACUUGUCUGCACAGAACCAGCAGCUGGAGGCGGACAAUAAGCAACUCCGUAAAUCAGCAGGAGAACUGAAGGAUAUGCUAGCUGCACAAGGUGAUCCCGUGGCUGAUCUCCCGUCAACGCUGAAUGUGUGACUUGAAUGUCUUUACGCAGCAGUGUGCGGACUGUAAAUCAUGAGAAAUAAAUGUCAAAUAAAAAACUACUUUUUGACAGUUUAUUGGUUAUUAAAACACUGUAUAACACUUAAUCUCUGAUGUUGUUCUUGGCAGAGAAGGUGAUAAAACAAAUGAAAAAAAUAGCAGCAGUCAUCAGAAAUAAUUCACUCCAUAUAACAUUUGUUUACUGUGUGAUCUGAAUUUACUGCAGUGUAACACAAUCGUAAAGUCAAAUUAGGCAACACGACUUAACAGGUAUGAGUAAUAUGGUCACAAACACGUGUUGGAAUCCAAAUAAAAAAUAUCAGUUUCAAGUUUCAGACGGAAGAUAAGGCAUUAAAAAAAAUCCUAAAGAACAAAAGUUUAGGUAGACUCCACUGAGAACUUUUGUGGGCUCAAACUGUGCUGGUGGUUCUUUUAUUAAAGACUGCACUAUCUGUAGUAAAGAUAAGCUGCCAGUCCAAUCAUAGCAACGGGUACUGGGAAUAAAGGAGUCAGCUGCAAACCUAAGCUGGACCAAGACAACAGAGCAUUAA